AUGGAAAAAUGUUUAAUUAUGAACAUAGAAGAUCAAAGAACGCUGAAAGAAAUAAAUAAAAGAAAAUUGCGUGUAGACGGCCAAAUAGGUAAUUUUAUAUUACAAUAUUUUUAAUGAUUUUUUUUUUAAAUGUGUCUGUUUAAAAAUUAGUUGGUGAUAAAAUCGGAGACAUAAAUAUUUUUAAUACUGAUGACCCUGAUUUAAUCCCACGAGUACGUUUAACAGAAAAUCGACGACUCCUAUGGUCAGUUCUUUUUUAUUUGCCGGAGCCUAAUGCAACUGUUAUUGUACCAAAUAUUCACGAAGAUGUUACGUGAGUAUACGUUUUUUGCAUCUGAACAUUUCUCAAGUGUUUUAUUAUUUUUUUAAUAUUAUUUUAAAAAUUAUGUAAGCAUAUUUAUUCUCUUUUUAGGUUCUUCAACCUGUUAGAAAGCAUAUUUAAUCAAAGAGCACCAUGGGGGGACGACGAAGGUAAGUACAAAGCAGACACACUGAAUGUUUAUAAUGAAAUUUCAGACAACACUACGACCAGAGUUCUAAAAAAAGUACGCCCAGAAUACACAUUGUCAAAUGUAUUGACAUCGUUCAGGUAAUCAAAUUGUUUCUUAUGUUUUAAAUAUUUCUUGUUCGUGUUCUUCUCUCUCCUCUCAAUAAGCAGCAAUUUCUGUUUCUUUAUUCUUCAAUGCAUUGUUGUCGCAAACAAAUAAGCAUUUAUAUAGACAUAGAGUUUUACUUUUUCACACUUGCUUAUUCCCAUCGAUUUGUUUGAUACACUCGAUGGAUUUAAAAUAUACGUUAUUUUUAUUUUUAUUGUUUUUAGGUGUCCGAUUAAACAUGGUUUACCAACGUUUAUAAUUGUUAUUUCCGGAGGAAAAUAUGAAAAUGAAAAUUUAGAAGAUUAUGUCGAGUAUGUUUUAGAAGUGUUUUAUCAAAAUUUCAAUUGGAUCUAUGACUCAACAUAG